AUGGCUGUCCCCGAAGGCUACGUGCCCGUCGUCGCCUUUCGCUUCUGUCCACCCUCAGGGAUCUACUUCCAGCUUGGCAUGUACCUUCUUGACAUGGUGAACGAUGUAGUUCAGAUCGGCACAUUUCUACUCCACGGAGAUUGGUGGUUUGCAGGAUUCAUGAGCUUCUUUGUACUUGGAACUCUGUAUGUCACGAUCGGCGAUGUAUCGGAUAACAGCGAGCUGAAACGCUUCGAUCCGCUGGGUGAAGCUCGACUCUGCUUGGCUCGGGGAGUGCCGACAAGAGUUUGGGAGGACUUGCUUUCUUAUGAACGAAAUCUGGAAGCGCCCAGCACCGGGCUCAUCGGGCCCUACGGCGCGGCGCUGCUCCAACUCACGCCGCUACAGGCAGCAAGCUGCCUCUAUGGGUUGGUGAGUUCGGCAAAGGCCAUGGCCGAGGGCAGGUUGAACACGGAGGUGUCGAACGGCUCGGGCGGUGCAGAGACACCUGCAUUGAAAGCUGUUCGACCGGCGAAGGCUGCCGCACUCUUUGCCUGGUACUUGGGUGCUUUUGCGGCGGAGCUGGCUGCCUUCGCCGUGGCGAGUGCUACAUUGCAUCCUAUUCUGAUCGUGCCUGGAUACAUGCUGGGUGCGGCGGCGAAUGGUGCAGCGGCCUGGUGGGGUGGAUCGAAGGAGUUCUUGGAACUUGCAGUCAUUUCUUUCGGCGCCGUCACUCUUGCGAUGGCCGGCCACCAGACAAAAAGCUUUCUCAAGAACAGACCAUGGGUGAAAGCAGGAGGUGGCCCGGGGUUCAUUCCAGCCGCUUCAAUUCUGCUCCGUUUCAUCACCUGGACGGCGCUCUGCUUCCUCGAUCUUCCGGACGGCCUUGUUCCUUUCGGCUCGCUGGGGCGGCCCAUGGGCUUCCCGGUGCUCCGCGAAAAAUUCCUGGAGCCGGCCGCCGCUUGCUGGGAGGCUGUAGCUUGUUUCACGUCUCACUUCUCGAUAACCGUCGAGACGGAGGCGAAUGCGACCUCCAUGUCCUUGACGGAAGAGGUGGGGUUCGGAGCGUGCAGCUGGCCGGCAACCGGCGAGCUGAGCAGUGCAUCCACCAUCUUCAACGCCUGCUUGUUGUUCUUCGCCGUGGUUCUUGUUCCGAUACACAUGUGCAUCGUCGUCGGGAUGUUGCUUUUCAAUCCCAUAUACGCUUGUGCCGCCGACAACCUCCCUCUCAAGGAGGAGGUCGAGGCGAAGCAGCGUGAAAUCGAUCGUUUCGCCACGCAGAACGAGCAAGCCUCUGGCCAGCAUGAGCUGCUGAGCCCGCUUCCGGAUUAG